AUGCCGUCCUUCGUCGACGGCCCUCUGCCGCUGCGGAUGGUGCAGAAGCCGCCGUUCACCGUCGAAGCAUCGGGCUACGACCCGGUCCCGGGCGAAACCAUCCCCCGCCGCCAUCCCUCGGCCAAGGAUGCCCUAUGGACGCGUCCCACGCCAGACAUAAACACCACCUUUGACCUCCUCAAGAAAAGUGCCUCCACUUACGGCAAUGAGCCUGCCGUCGGCACCCGCAGACUCCUCCGCACCCAUCGGGAAACCAAAAAGGUCAUCUCCAAGGGUCUCGACGGCGAGACCAUCGAGACUGACAAGGAAUGGACCUUUUUCGAGCUCUCCGACUACGAGUAUAUGACGUACACGGACUACUAUAUCAUGGCCCUGCAGGUCGGCGCAGGUCUCAGGAAGCUGGGUCUGUCACCAAAGGACAAGGUCCACAUAUUUGCUGCCACGAGUGCGCAAUGGUUGAACAUGUCACACGCGUGCUCGUCCCAGUCAAUAACCAUCGUCACGGCCUAUGACACUCUCGGCGAGAGCGGCGUUGAGCACUCGCUCGUCCAGAGCAAGGCAGAUGCCAUAUUCGUUGACCCCCACCUGUUGAAGACAAUAGCCGGCCCCCUGAAGAGGGCGCCGUCUGUCAAGGUGCUCAUCUACAACCACGCCACCCACAACCCCGUGCCCGACGUUGAGAUCAAGGCGUUCAAGGCGUCCCACCCGGACCUCACCGUCCUGUCGUUCGAAGAGGUGCGCGCGCUCGGCGAGGAGAACCCGACGGCGCCCGUGGAACCCCAGGCCGACGAGACGUACUGCAUCAUGUACACGUCGGGCAGUACCGGACUCCCCAAAGGCGUCCCAGUGACCCAUGCCAGCUUUGUGUCAGCUGUGGCCGGCAUAUACAGUGUCAUGAAGGGGGUUGUAAGUAACCGUGAAAACGUGCUUGCCUACCUGCCCCUUGCGCACAUUUUCGAGCUCGUCGUCGAGAACUGCGUCGUCUUCAUCGGCGGCACCCUCGGCUACGGCCACCCGCGCACCCUCGUCGAUAGCAGCAUGCGCAACUGUGCCGGCGAUAUGCGCGCGUUCCGGCCUACCGUCAUGAUUGGCGUGCCGCAGGUGUGGGAGACAGUCAGGAAAGGCGUCGAAAGCCGGGUCAACAGCUCGGGCAUAGUCACACGCUCGCUUUUCUGGGGCGCGCUCAAGCUGAAGUCCUUUUUGGUGGCCAAGGGGCUGCCCGGGCACACCCUGUUCGACCGCAUGGUCUUCGGCAAGGUGCGCAUAAUGACGGGUGACCGGCUUCGCUUCAUUGUCAACGGCGCCAGCGGCAUCUCGGCAGGCACGUUACACUUCUUGAGCAUGGUGGUGGCACCCAUGAUCAGCGGGUACGGGCUGACCGAGUCCUGCGGCAAUGGCGGCCUCGGCUCCCCUCUGCAGUGGUCACAGGACACCAGCGGCACCGUCCCGGGCGCAAUCGAGGUGAAGCUUGUCUCGAUUCCCGAGCUCAACUACAGCACCGACUCGACGCCGCCGCAGGGCGAGAUUCUUAUGCGCGGCGGUCCGGUUCUGACGACCUACUUCGUGAAUCCUGAGGAGACGGCUAAGGCCGUAACCUCGGACGGCUGGUUCCGCACUGGUGACAUUGGCGAGUUCGGCGCCAAUGGCCACUUGCGCGUCAUCGACCGCGUCAAGAACCUCGUCAAGCUCCAGGGCGGCGAGUACAUCGCCUUUGAGAAGCUCGAGGCCGUCUACCGCGGCGCGCCGUGCGUCCAGAACGUCAUGGUAUAUGGCGGAAGCGAGGCUCCGCGGCCCAUCGCGGUCGUCUUUGCCAACGAGAAGGCCCUUUCCGAACUUGCGGCCGAGCUCGGCGUUGACGAGCACUCGAUGCGCACUCACCCCAAAGUGCGCACCGCCGUCCUCAAGGAGCUGAAAACCGCCGCGAAGAAGGCAGGCCUCAGCGCCAACGAGACGGUAACCGGAGUUUUGAUUGUAGACGAGGAGUGGACGCCCAUAAAUGGCUACGUGACGGCAACGCAGAAAGUAAACCGGAGAGUAAUCCAAGAAAAACACGAGAAGGAGAUUGCCAAUUGCAUUGCCGAAAAUUGA